CCACACGUAAAAUGUUUCAAUUUUAUUGACUUCUCGUAGUGUUGAUAUUUCUUACGUAGUAUAUUACUUACUCUAUGUUGAUAUUGGUCUCUGGUGUUGAUUUGUUUGUGUAAAAGUAAAUUGUUUUUCGUACUAUGGAAGCCGCAAUAACGAAUUAUUGAAAUUCCAUUGACCAUGAACGGUGAUCGAAGCCCUGGAAGUCCCCUCGAUGUGAAUGACCCCGAAGACGCCGUACUGAUGGAUCCUAUAGACCAUGAGAGAAGCAGAUAUCCGUAUUGCAUCGUCUGGACUCCCAUUCCCGUUCUAACAUGGAUUUUCCCUUUCCUCGGCCACAUGGGCAUCUGCACAUCAAGCGGAGUGAUCAGAGACUUUGCAGGACCAUACUUUGUGUCUGAAGAUCUCAUGGCUUUUGGAAAUCCCACAAAAUACUGGCAACUAUCCCCACAAAAAGCUAAUAAUGGCCAAGCAGGCUGGGACGCUGCUGUGGCCGAAGCCUCUGAGAUAUACAAAAAGAGGAUGCACAUCAUAUUUUAUGACAACUGCCACUCUCAUGUAGCAACAGCUCUCAACAUCAUGAACUAUGCUGGCUGUAAGAACUGGAACAUGGUCAAACUGGCCUUCUACAUGAUCCCAUACUCCAAAUAUGUCAGUGUUGGCGCAUUCUUGAAGACAUGGCUGCCUUUUGUCAUAAUUGUUGCAUUCAUUUGCGGGCUUGCUGCGGUCAUAUAAAGGAAUUGAUGAACAUAUUCAUAAAAUUGUUCUAUUAUACUAUAGUCUAUGUGGUGGUGCUGCCUAUGUACUACUACUAUGUGACCUUUAAAGACUAUCUCUUCACUUGUGUAUAGACCUAUAGGGAGAUAUGGUAAUCUCCUUCAAAAAGUAUACCCUUUACAUUACAUCCUACAUUUUUAAAAAUAUGGAUGGAUGUUAUUUAUAAAUAUAUUCAACACAAUCCUGAUCCCAAAUAUACAUAUCUUGUGUCCUGGGAUUUGGGACUUAUUUAUAAUUUUUUC